UCUGCGGCCGGGUUCCUUCCGCGGGACGGGUGAGGGCGCUGGGCCCCCUGGGCGCGCGGGGCUCUCGUGGGUCUGGAGUAGCUAACUGGUCCCACGGGAGAGGUGGGGUUGACAACAGUGUCCCUACUCACGACUAGGGAGAAAGAGAGAGCGCGAAAGAGAGAGGAUGUCUCUCUCAGACUGGCAUCUGGCAGUGAAGCUGGCUGACCAGCCACUCGCCCCCAAGUCAAUUCUUCAGUUGCCAGAGACAGAAGUGGGAGAAUAUUCCCUAGGGGCUUAUAGCAUUUCGUUUCUAAAGCAGCUUAUUGCUGGCAAGCUCCAGGAAUCUGUUCCAGAUCCGGAGCUGAUUGAUCUGAUCUAUUGUGGCCGGAAGCUAAAAGAUGACCAAACCCUUGACUUCUAUGGUAUUCAGCCUGGGUCCACAGUCCACGUUCUCCGUAAAUCUUGGCCUGAGCCUGAUCAGAAACCUGAACCUGUGGACAAAGUGGCUGCCCUGAGGGAGUUCCGGGUGCUGCACACUGCACUGCACAGCAGCUCCUCCUACAGGGAGGCGGUCUUUAAGAUGCUCAGCAAUAAAGAAUCUCUGGAUCAGAUCAUUGUGGCUACCCCAGGUCUCAGCAGUGACCCCAUUGCUCUAGGGGUUCUCCAGGACAAGGACCUCUUCUCUGUCUUUGCUGAUCCCAGCAUGCUGGAUACGUUGGUGCCUGCUCACCCAGCUCUAGUCAAUGCCAUCAUUCUGGUUCUGCACUCGGUAGCAGGCAGCACCCCAAUGCCAGGAGCUGACUCCUCUUCCCGAAGCAUGCCCUCCAGCUCGUACCGAGAUAUGCCAGGUGGCUUCCUGUUUGAUGGGCUCUCGGAUGAUGAGGACGACUUUCACCCAAGCACCCGGUCUACGCCCUCUAGCAGUACACCUAGCUCCCGCCCGGCCUCCCUGGGGUACAGUGGAGCUGCUGGGCCCCGCCCUAUCACCCAGAGUGAGCUGGCCACUGCCCUGGCCCUGGCCAGUACUCCAGAGAGCAGUUCUCACACCCCAACUCCUGGCACUCAGGGCCAUUCUUCAGGCACCUCACCAAUGUCCUCUGGUGUCCCGUCAGGGACACCCAUCACCAACGAUCUUUUUAGCCAAGCCCUCCAGCAUGCCCUGCAGGCCUCUGGGCAGCCCAGCCUUCAGAGCCAGUGGCAGCCUCAGCUGCAGCAGUUGCGUGACAUGGGCAUCCAGGAUGAUGAGCUGAGCCUCCGUGCCCUUCAGGCGACUGGAGGGGAUAUCCAAGCAGCUCUGGAGCUGAUCUUUGCUGGAGGAGCCCCAUGA